UGUCGGCCAUGGUGCCGGACGUGGCGAUGGCCCCCAACGCCAACACGCACCUGCUCACUGCACGGGACUACUUCAGACACGCGCCGCCCUGGGAGUACAGCGGCGGCGGAGUGUUACAGCUGGAUCUGGGAGACGGAGCCACGCAUACUCCUAGACCUGGUUCCCGCGCGGCGCGCGCUGGGGCUGCGCAUGCGCGACACUCGCGGGAACAUGCGCCGGGUAUGUCCUGUCUCCGCAGUCGCGCGGACGAGGACGAGCUGCGCGCUGCCAUCGAACUAUCCGUCAUUAGGGCGUACUCGUCGUCCCGCGCACCACCGGGAGCGGCCCCCCUUCUAUUAGGGGGCUCGCAUUCCCAGCAACACCCUCAACAACAACAACAACAACACCCUCAGCAUCCCCCCCAGCAUCCCUCGUUGAUGCCCCCUACCCACAGACAGCGUUCCCCCGCGACACUCCCCCACACGAGAGGGGAGCGGGGGGGGCGAGCACAACUAGCGCCUACACACCAUAACCUGAGCAGACUGGGCAGUGUGGCGGCGGAAGCGAGCGGGUCCCGCAGCCCCAGCCCCGGGGGCCCGGCGGGGGGCGGCCCGCACGAGUCUUUUCUAGUAUAUGUUACGUUAUAUUAA